AUGAAUUCUGACCUCCAAAAACAUAUAAUCCAUUGUACUUUAACAAUCAAUUCAACAACGUUAUAUAUAUAUGAAUCCCAUUUAAUAUCACAAAUUUCGGAAUUAAAUUGCUCAGAGAUUAUAUCACAAGAAUUAGGUUUAAUUAACUCAUCAAAGACAUUAAUUGGAUCAAUACCUAUCUCAUCUUCUUCCAAUAUUAAACUAUCGCUAUAUUUCAUGAAGAAGUUUUUAGUUACUAAUGAUGGAGGAAGAGAUUUAAUUACAUUAAUAGUUAUAGCACAAGUCAAUGUAAAUAAAACAAUGAUAUUGAAUAUACUCAAAAACAUAAUGGAUAAGUAUAUAGAUUUUAAAAAGAAGCAUGGUUCAGAGGAAUCUAAGAAGAAAUUAAUUGAGUUUAAACUUUACAUGAAUCAAAUUAUAAAAUUUGAAGAAUUGAAUUAUGAUUCAAAUUCUCAUGUUUAUAAUUACGGGAGUACAAGAGAUGGAAAUGGUGAUGAUGAGAGUAAUGUGGGUACUCAAAUUAAUCCAAAUCAGUUGAUACUUGCAAAUGAGGAAGUUGAUGAAGUACGUCAAUUAAUGUUAGAUAAUAUAAAUAAAUUAUUAAGUAGAGGUGAUAAAAUUAAUUUGCUUGUUGAUCAAACUGAUAAAUUAAAUACUUCAAGUCUGGUUUUCCAAAGAAAAGCACAACAGAUAAAACGAAAAAUGUGGUUCAAUAAGACAAAAUGGUUAUUAUCUAUAAUUGGUGGUGUUUUAUUGGUUUUAUAUUUGUUUAUUGCUAGUCAAUGUGGAUUUCCAAUGUUUGAUCAUUGUCUUAGGAAUUAA